AUCCUUAAAGGGGAAGGAUUCCAAUUAUUAAACCUCUUAAGUCUUUUCCUGCUAGCACCACUCUCUGUGCGUCAGGCCAGUUUUUAUGGCUUCGUCCGAAAGUUCAAGACAUCCAUUUGAUGCCGGAAUGGGAUAUCACUGAGUGCCACAGAACUUUUGCUCACUUUGGGGACUUAAUAGUCAUUAAUGCUCAUUUUAUAGUAGGCAACACCUAAGCAAGGUGCACUGUAGGUACAAAGUUGUGGUCAGUCAUUUACUGGGAUGUUUGGAGGCGAAGACCAGCCUGUGCGAUUCUGAUGACUCAAGAAGUAGAAACAAAAGGCCUUUGACGAAAGAAAUCUUCACAUCGUGACGGACUCUUAAGCAGCUUUUUGGAACCUGUUCCUCUUUUGGAAAAAAAACUGAGGGCUGUUUUCCCAAGGAGGCUUGCUGACAGAGCAGAUUGGAUGUAUUUGUCACCGGACACAAUGAAUAUGGUGGAUGACGGCUGCCUGUCAACGGACACCUACCAUGACCUGGGGAAAGGUGGCGCCUCGGGCAUGGGCGGCCGCGUCCACAGCAUCGAUGUUAUUCUGGGAUUCAGCAAAGACCAGGACCCUCUUCUCAAUGCGGUUGGGCACAAAGUGGACCGACACGACCUGGGGGAACAGGACAAACAGGUGACUUCUGACCCCUACAGUCACCUGCAAAGUCUGCCUGACAACUCACAGCCAUCAACCUAUCAUGAUAAGUGUGAAGCAGAUUUGGGAGACCUGCAGAGUGCUGUGGAGAGCGACAGCCGUUCACCGGACCCCCCUGACGAGGAUCAACCGAAGAAGAAACACAGACGGAACAGAACCACCUUCACGACCUACCAGUUACACGAGCUAGAACGCGCUUUUGAGAAAUCUCACUACCCGGACGUGUACAGUCGAGAAGAUCUGGCUAUGAAAGUCAAUCUCCCAGAGGUUCGAGUUCAGGUGUGGUUCCAGAACCGACGUGCAAAGUGGCGGCGACAGGAGAAGAUGGACACGAGCACCAUGAAGCUUCACGACUCGCCCAUGCUGUCCUUCAAUCGACCGCCCAUGCCCUCAAACAUGGGACCCAUGAGUAAUUCCCUCCCACUGGACCCUUGGUUGUCGUCUCCACUCUCCAGUGCCACGGCCAUGCACAGCAUUCCGGGCUACAUGGGACCGGGUCAAAGCCUCCAGCCCGCUUAUCCGAGUCACCCCGGGUUCCUGAACUCCUCCCCGGGCAUGGUUCAGGGAAUGCAACCCAUGCCACCACCUCCAUACCAGUGUUCUGCUAUGUUUAACGACAAGUACCCAUUGGACGACGUGGACUGCAGCACCAGCAUUGCAGCGUUGAGAAUGAAGGCCAAGGAACACAUCCAGUCCAUGGACAAAACCUGGCAACCCAUGUAGUGGGGAAAAUUAAGAACUUGACAGUUUUUUGGGGAUCUCAUAGACACAUGGAAGGACGACAAGCAUUCUUAAAAGUGAUUAUUUACAUUUAUUCACUUGGCGAGAUGCUCUAUCCACUUCCAGUACCUUUAAAGUUUACACUAUAUCAGUCCAUGCAUGUCCUGAGAAUCAUGGCAUUGGGACAUGUCACUACAGGAACAUGUUUAUCAGAACCGAAUCAUUUCAGACAAGUAUUAGGGGUCACCCAAAUGCCAUGGAUGGGAACUAGCAACACAAAGAACACGAACGUCCCGUCGCCAGCUGCCUGUAAAUGACUGCAGGUGGAAAGGUGUUUUUAUGUGGCAUAAUCUGAUGUAGUUUUGUACUGUGUUUGUUUUGUUUGAUUUUAAAGACCUCAGAUGUUUCAGGGAAGUCUUCUUAACCUUGCCUGGCAUUACACCGUUGGGGAAACCUGGUUGGCACAUUCGCUUCAUAAUGGUCCUGGCAACAGAGCUCUGACAGGUCAGGGAGUCUAGAAUCGUUUCCGUGAAAGCUACCCGCCGAUGUUGAGCUCCUUAGUAUUUCGUGCCAGCUGGUGCCAAGCUCCUCUCCUCAUCAUUUGUCCAAGGUGGCACAACACCAAGUUUAGCACGUUGGCUAAUUUAAUGCAUGUUUAGAGGUUAAAAUCACGUUCUACCAACCUCAUGUUGGUAGUGGUAGAAGUCUCUUAAUGGAUUGUACAAGAGGUUGAAAUUGAAAGAUUUCGUAAGAAAAAGCUUGACUUUUAUACCCAUAGAAUCCAACCAAUCAACAAAUAGAGUUUCAGAUCGAUAAAACACAGGCAUCAACGUUUUUGCUGUUGUCCCACACUUUGAUUUAAGAAAGGAAACGUCAGUGAAUACAUGUGUUACUUGUUCAUAACUGAUUGUGACAGGGCGGAGGGCGGGGCCGGGGCCUACACACCCGGUCCCGUAUUAGGCUAAUCAAGCCUCCGAGAGGGAUAAAGGUCGGCAGCGAGCCCCUCCCCGCUCGCGGUCGGCGGUCUCAAACCCGCCGUGUUUCGGCAGCUGGUAGGCGACUCCUGCGCCCUUGGCAGCGGCCCUGAUCGUUCCAGGCGGUCGGUUAGGAGCUCCUUCUCCCCUCGCGGUCGGCGGCCAUCGUCCUUUUCCAGGCGGCUGGGCUCCUCGUCCCCCGGCAGAUGGCCGCGUCUGCUCCAUUGGGGUGGACGGUAGUGGCGAGAACUCUACUACGGCGUAUCCCUCCUCCUUCCCGGAUUUCAGCACCAGUGUAAAGUGAUCAAUGGAAAGGAGGCGGCGAGAACCCUUUUCAACAUAAUUAAUGGUUUAAUAAUAAACUAAAACAGAAGACACACACAUGACGGACGUGUCCAUAAACUAUCUCUCUCUCCCGCACGAUCCUCUGUAGUCCGCCUCUAUCCCUCUCGGGAGGCUUGAUUAGCCUAAUACGGGACCAGGUGUGUAGGAUCACGACCGGCCCCACCCUCCGCCCUGCCACACUGAUGUAUAUCAAUAACCUGUAAUGCACUUCCUCUUCUCAAACUCAAUGCUUUCUUUCUUCUGUGGUACACAAAAGUUAGUUCAAUAUUAAAAUCAUGUUUAAGUUUAUAGUUUUAAAUCCUAAUAAAAUUGUCCAUUGCUGGUUCGUUUAUUUUUCUCUAUGCACUCCUAAAUGCAUGACUCGUUGAAUUGGUAAAACGUACAUUUAUUCAAGUUUUAAUCGUUUAAUUACGGAUGAUGCAAUUCAAUUUAACUCGAAUGCAUAAAUCUUAAAAAUAGGCUCAAAUGUUUUUUUGAGUUAGUCGUAUGCUUUUAUACGAGCCAACUCGUACGAUCUCAUAUUAAUUAUUAGGCUACGACUUAUGAGACCGGAACACACGCACACACACACACACACACACACACACACACACACACACACACAAAAUAAUUUUCUUAAUUAGUAUUUUUGUCCCAUUUUCCAGUAAAACAUCUCGAUAAUAAACUUUUAAGUUUUUUUAUCUCAUGCAACUUUCCAAUGUUUCCAAUGGACCAGAAAAAGUACUGAUUAAGAAAACGAUAUUUUUGCAGUAAAGUGUAUAUUAACAUAUAUUAUAUAUUGUUUGAGCAGUCAUAACUCAAUAAAGCUUCGAACAAAAUCAACUGCUGCAACUGUGUCAGCACAUAAAAUUCACCCUAUUUGGAGAUCAGAAACUCUUAAGCAGAUUGUGUCACUGUCAUGGCAGUUGUGUGUGUGUGUGUGUAGUGUGUAGUGUGCUUGCGUGCGUGCGUGCGUGUGUGUGUGUGUGUGCGUGUGUGUGUUUGCACGUGCGUGUGUGUGUAGUCUGUAGUAUGUGUGUGUGCGUGUGCAGUGUGUGUGCGUGCGUGUGUAGUGUGUGUGCGUGCGUGUGCAGUGUGUGUGCGUGCGUGUGUAGUGUGUGUGCGUGCGUGUGCAGUGUGUGUGCGUGCGUGUGUAGUGUGUGUGCGUACGUGUGUAGUGUGCGUGCGUGUGUGUGCGUGUGUGUGUAGUGUGCGUGCGUGCGUGUGUGCGCGCGUGUAUGUGUGUGUAGUGUGUAUGCGUGCGUGCGUGUGCAGUGUGUAGUAUGUGUGUGUGUGUGCGCGCGUGUGUGUGUGCGUGUGUGCGUGUGUGCGCGCGGACGCGGAAUGGGUGACUCCCUGUCACAAAUUGUCAUUGUUAAAGAAUAUCGAUUGACCCUUUUAUUCACAUGGGCGUCCCAGCCAGGUGCCAGACCCGCAACAUGUCAUUUUAAAUGUGCAAAUGUUUUCCAGUAAAUCUAUCAAAAGACUUUGAGAAUCAAGUAUUAAGGCUAUUAACAAUCAAAAUGAUGUUGUUUCUUUUAAGUAGUCAAACAGGGUCAAAAAACAUUUACAGACAAUCAUAAAGGUCACCCCAACAUCUUUUGUCUAUGCAAAGAUCAAACAUGCAUAUCAUGAUAUGACAAAUGAGUUUAUAUGCAAUGUGAGCAAAACAUAGUUAGUAUAUUUUGAUGUAAGUGAUACAAAACAAGGGCUUGACCAUUUUUCAACUAAAUAAAUCAAAACAUUAUGUUUGAAAAAAUUAACUAGCUGUGUAUUGAAGACAGGUUUUAUUAAUGAAACAGAGAUCUUAUUAAAGGUUUAUGGAUUUUCUGUGAACUACGAUGAAGCCAAAGAUAGUGUUUAAAGAUGUGUGUGUGUGUACACACUAGUGUCAUUGUCUUCACUAAAUGAUGCACAUAUUACAGAAACUGUCAAUAUAUUUGGUGUUUUGAUUUGUUUUUGUUUUUUUGGAGGGGGGUAUUUGGACGUGAAUGGACAUGUGUUUUUAAAUAAAUGUUUUUUUUGUUUGUUUGUUUUGAAUAAA